CGAAUAAGGAGAUAGAGGAGGUUCAGAGGCAGAGGAAGUCCCCGAUCUGGUGUGUCAGACUGUCAGCUCGACAACUUCCAGCGCAUGGUCGAUACCUUCACCACCUUUCGAUGGAAGCGCCACCAGGUUGAUUAUACGCAAUGGAGCGAGGGCUGAAGAUUCCUCAGAACAAGUGCACCAAGACCACCAAUUCCCUCCUGAUUUCACUCAUGAAGCAGCUUGAAAAGCUUGAGCAGAAGCAGAAGUAUGCGGCUUGGAAAGCAGCAGAUAUAAGGAAAGCUGUGAAAGAAGGAAGGAAACCUCAGGCUGGCCCCCCUGCAGCUUGUUUACCAACUCUGGCCACAAUACCAAUCUGGAUAGGUCUAUACCAAGCUCUUUCGAAUGUGGCAAAUGAGAUAGCAUUGGAGGGCAGUUACAAGGAAGAAUUUGUUCAAGGAAUUUGACAACCAUCAAUGAAGACUUCAUAAGAGACAUGUUUUGGAACAACAUGUGUAUCAGCUUGGCCCCUAUGAAUGGGCAAAGUAUGUCGUGAAGACGUAUGUGUAGGAGCUAAAGGAAAGCAUAAGAGGAAGUAGGUUGUUGCUGAAGGAAAGCAUCAUUUUUGUGCUUCUCUGCUGGUACAAUAUUCAUGCACUGUGUGGCAUGUUUUAUAACAAAUAGUUUGUAUUUGUAUCAGCUUUUGAUGUCCCAAGUAGAUGAGCAUGCAUUUGAAUGCUUUUCUUCUUUCAAUGUUGGCUUGGAUGAUUGGGAA